AUGGUUAAACGUAUGCGAUCUGAUGCGGUUCCAUUAUCACCAGAAGAUUAUAAAUUUAUUAUACAAUAUCGUGAUACAAAACCCAAAACUGAAGUUUUAAAGGAAUUGAGAAAAAAAUACCCUAUGACGAAUAACCGUUUUUAUAGAAUUUGGAGAGGGCAAGAAGUUAGUAUGAUAGAAUGGUAUCAGCCUAUAUCAGAUUCAAUAGCACCCCUAAAUCAGGAUUUAUCUAUACCUGAAUCACACUUACCAAAUAUUGGCCAAGUUAAUAUAGCUGAAAAUUCUAAUAGGCAGACUUCAGCGUUUGAAACACAUCAAAUUAACAAAGAUAUUUUAUUGCAGAGUAAUGGUUCUUCGAACCUACAUCUAGAUUCUAAUGUUACUUCUGAUAAGCGGGUUAAAAAUAGAAAACUGAGAUCUAAAUCUGUUCGAAUUUCUGACUUACCUAAUGUUAUCAAUGGGGUUGACACGGUCAAUAAACUGACAAAAAAAGUAGGAGGAAAAGAUGACAUGUAUACUUUAAUCGAACGUGAACGCAGAGAAGCAGAAGAAGCCGAACGCGAGUCUGAAAGAUUUUUAAAUCUCAACUAA